AUGGAAAGGUUUUUGCAGGUGGUGGAGGUGGCCCAUCGGGCCGGGGGGGAGUCGUUACUUGGGACGAUCAAGAUCGCAGUUUUGCCCAUAGCAAAGGUUUUUACAGUGUGCUCCUUGGGCCUUCUAAUGGCUUCCAAGUAUGUUAACAUCUUCCCAGCCAGUGGAAGGAAACUCUUAAAUGGGCUGGUCUUCUCCCUUUUGCUUCCAUGUUUGAUAUUCUCUCAACUUGGACAAGCCAUCACCCUACAGAAAAUGCUUGAGUGGUGGUUUAUUCCUGUGAAUGUCGUUCUGGGUAGUACAUCAGGCUCUAUAAUAGGGUAUAUUGUUGCAUCCAUUGUCCGUCCACCUUACCCCUUCUUCAAGUUUACAAUUGUACAGAUUGGAAUAGGAAACAUUGGGAAUGUGCCACUGGUUCUGAUUUCAGCUUUAUGUAGAGACAAAUCAAACCCUUUUGGUGAUUCAACUACAUGUAAAACAGAUGGGACUGCCUAUAUUUCAUUUGGCCAGUGGGUUGGUGCAAUCAUCCUAUACACAUAUGUAUUUCAUAUGUUGGCCCCCCCUCCAGAGGGUACCUUUGACAUUGAGGAGGGAGAGCUCCCAAUCAAAAACCCUCGAAAUGGCAAGAUACCUGAUCAAGUUCCGCUGCUUACACAUGAUGAAAACGAAGAGGCAGCACAUGAAGAAGAGGUUGCAGAAACUAACUCAAAUGCUUCUCACACACCUAAGAUUAUAGAUUUCUUGGUUUUUCUCUAUGAGAAGUUGAAGCUCAAACAAUUACUUCAACCCCCUAUAAUAGCUUCUAUCCUGGCCAUGGUACUUGGAUCGAUACCAUUUUUAAAGAAAAUUAUCUUUACCGCUGAUGGUCCACUUUUCUUCUUCACAGACAGCUGUAUUAUCCUUGGGGAGGCCAUGAUUCCAUGCAUUCUGUUGGCGUUAGGUGGAAACCUUGUCGAUGGUCCAGGAAGUUCAAAACUUGGUCUACGAACAACAGUUGCUAUUAUCAUCGGACGAUUAGUCUUGGUGCCCCCUGUAGGACUUGGCAUUGUAAUGUUGGCCGAUAAGCUCGGUUUCCUCCCUGCUGGUGAUAAGAUGUUCCGAUUUGUCCUACUGCUCCAGCACACAAUGCCUACAUCUGUCCUUGCUGGUGCUGUUGCAAAUUUAAGAGGCUGUGGAAGAGAGGCAGCUGCCGUCUUGUUCUGGGUUCACAUAUUUGCUAUCUUCUCCAUGGCUGGAUGGAUUGUCUUGUACCUCAACUUACUGUUUUGA